UCUUGAGAGGCAACCUCUGCAGCGGGCCGUGUGCAGGUUCCCUGGAAGGGGACGCCAGAGAGGGUGACAGCCCCGUCGACCGCCGGACCCUGCUGCGCAACGAGGUGUUGUCCAAGAGUCGGGUUGCUUGGGAAUGCAGCCCCAAUUGGGUGGUAAGUCCCAUCCAAGGCUAAAUAUGUGCGAGGGACCRAUAGCGAAGAAGUACCGCGAGGGAAGGAUGAAAAGAACUUUGAAAAGAGAGUUAAAGAGUGCUUGAAAUUGCCGAGCGAG